AUGCCUAUAGACCUUAAAUAUACCGAUGUAUACCGAGAGCAGAAAUUACUUUCUCAGGAAAUUAAAAAGUUGAACGUUCUCUCUCUUGUUUACAUGGCUUCCUUCAUGGCUUUUUGCUCUAGUGCUGGCGGUGAUUGGGAUUUGGCCGGUUCUUCUACGACCAAAGUCUUCGUCAGUUACGAUGGUACCAUUGUCUGGCGACCGCCUAUUAUCUUCAAGAGUCAGUGUGAGAUCGAUGUGGAGUACUUUCCAUUCGAUAAACAAAACUGUUCUAUGAAAAUCGGUGCGUGGACGUACGAUGGCUUGCUCAUUGACCUGCGUCAUACCAGUCAGAAGACCAACAUCCAGACAACCUUCGACAAUUGCCGUAGCCACAUCGACUACGCUAUCGAUCUCUCCCAGUUCACGGAUGAUGUGGAGUGGGAUCUGACCAGUGUAUCUGCCCGCCGUAAUGUGGAAUUCUAUCCGUGUUGUUCUCCGCCCUACCUCGACAUAACCUUCUAUAUCGGUAUGCGGCGGAAACCCCUCUUUUUCGGCGUAAAUCUCAUAUGCCCCUGCAUAUCCAUCUCCGUACUCACGGUGCUGGUGUUUUACCUGCCCGCAGACAGUCGCGAGAAGAUCGCCCUCAGCACAUCCAUCCUGAUCGCUUUGACUGUCUUCUUUCUACUCGUAUUCGAGAUUUCUCCACCCACCAGCCUAGUUGUGCCACUCAUCGUGAAGUUUCUCCUCUUCACUAUGCUCCUCAUAAUCUUCUCCACAAUCGCCACAAUUUCAGUAUUGAACAUUCACACCCGUUCACCCGACACACACACAAUCUCGCCCUGGGUCCGACGUGUCUUCAUCGAAUUUCUACCAACGAUCCUGUUUAUUAAGAAACUGGACACUCGAACAAAGUCGCUAGUAAGUCAAAACUGA